UGCAGUUGGACAGUCUAUUUUUGAAAAGCACAAACACAGGAGGAUGUGGUCUCUGUAUUGUUUCCCUCUACUGGUUUGUCUCAGCUGUGGUCGAUCUGGGAUAAUCUAGGACACUGUUAACUGCAGUUAUAGGAAGAAGCCUCAGCUACACAAUUUUCAUCAGAUCUAACUGCAAAGUGUUAUUCAAGCUCUGCAGAUUUCCUGUUCCCCUUCUUUUAAAAGCUGCACAAAGGUUAUGUCAAUGCAAUCAGGAUUACGCCAAAUAUGUUUGGUGAAGUAUUUGAUAGGUUAUUGAUGUUCUGUAAAAGAGUCUCAUUAUAGUUGGUGCUUUAUUGAAAGUCAAGCUAAUGAGUAUGGUCAAGGUGUCUUUAUUGUCUCACGGGAAACUUCAUAUCAUCCACUUGAGCAUCAUGGCUUAGCCUAUUCCUCUCUCUUGGCUUUCCUUCACUUUACCAUGUGCAAUUUAAACAGCAUCUGCUUUUAAAUAAUCCUAAUGUUUAAAGAAGCCCCAGCAGAGAUCGGUAUUAUUGCAUUGUGGCAGCAACAGUCAAGUUUGCAUGGCCAGGCUGGACAAUAUAGCCUGAUUCCAAACAGUACAAUGGAAUAACACCUGCUUCCUCAGUGUACAAUUGAUGGGCUUGUUUGCUGAAGCGGGAUAUUCCAGGUACUGCUAAGAGCAGAGCUACUGCCUGCAUUCAUUGCCCUGCUGCAAAUAAGAUACAUAUCCUAGAUAUCCCUGUCUUCAAGGUUUAAUAUGCCAUGGGUACAUGUUUUCAUUUUGUGCUUUGUAGUUUAGGAGUUUAAAUUUAUUUUAGUGUUUCACCAGUGUUAGCCAACCUUGGCUGAAUAUAAUUAUUCAUCUCACAUUAUCAGUUAAUUCCUGCAUUUUGUAUCCUCUGUUAUAGUGAUUUGUACCGCAGGGGUACUUCUGCAGGUGCCAGGAAGUGGAAAGAUUGUGGAAUGUAUGUAACUAGUUAAGAUGUAGUUUCUACCCAUCUCCUGUCUAAACAAAUCAGUUAAAGAAUUUUAAAGAGUAUUAAUUUACAUUUCGUGCUUCCCGGAAGGCCUUUUCCUGUUCCAGCUGUAUCACUACAAACAUUAUUCACACUGGCAGCGAUAUGUCUGCCACAGCUGGGCACAAUUGCCGCUUCCGUAUACACAUUGACAUCCUGGAGACCGAUCAUACUGCGGACUCCCAGGGGAGAUAUUUGUUUUCAUCAAGAGGGAUGUCUCAUGGCAGUCUGAUUUAAUUUUUUUUAUUAUUAUUAUUGUUAAUAAAAAUAGGCAUAAAAGGAAUGCCAUGUAAAAUCUGCUUAUGUUUUAAGCCUUUAAUUACCCAAAUUAAAUAUUCUAAAACUGUCUAUUUGUUUGUAUGGUCACUGUGGUUUUAGUUAUUUGUCACUAAAUGCGCAUGCACCCUAACCACAGGUGGCAUGUGAUCUGUGGUAUGCAAAUUCCAGAAAAUCUCUGUUUUCCUCACAAUUGUUGUACUUUAUCUCUUUUUAUUGCUUUAACACAGUUGAAUGAUGUAUUUACUUUGAAAUUUAAUGUAAUAACUAUAAAGGAUUUAGGACUUAGAAUAACUAAAGACAACUAAUAAGGAUCAAAUAGGAAGUUGUACUUUUCAUUUCCAUCCCAGUUUUGAGUCAUAUGAAAUCUGAUGUCCGCAGCUGAUUUUAAGAAUGAAAAAGUAGAAGUUGUGGCGGCUGUUUUUGACCAGCUCACCUCCGGUCGACUCACACAGCCUAUGACUCGCUGGUUCUGGUAGGAAGUGGCAGGCUGUAUUCUCUGCCCCGAUAUCUUUGACAUCCAUGGACAUUUGUGUUUUCAUCUCUGUUUGUGCGAGUGAGCCUUUUACUCUGAAUUGUAUUUGAUUGUCUCUGGACAGGGAAAACAAUUAUUAUAAAGUAUUGGCAACAGCAGUAACAGGAAGUUUGGGCUAUUGAAGAGACACGAUAUAUUGGUUUCCCGGAGCAUAAUAAUAGGGUGUAAUUCUUGUUUUUAUUUUGGGAAUUCCCGGUGGUUUAUCUUCUGUAUUUGUCUGUGGAUGUUGUGAUGCCUCAGAAGAUGGAGCAGAGCUCAUGCACAGAGGAUCGUAUCCAGCAUAUCCUCGAGCGUUGCCUCUGUGACCUGGGUCUUGAAACUCCUGACAAACAACUCUGGAACGCUGGACUGUGCAUAAACCGAUGGUGUUUGGAGGAACUUGUGAAGAGAGAUCCCCACAACUUCCUCAUCCUUCUUCAGAAAAUACUGAGGAAAACAAAAGAGGUGCUAGAGCAGUGUCACUAUGAACUGGUGGUGCCCCUCUCCCUCUUGUUCUCUUCAACCCUCCUAAAAGCUCCUUACGUGGCUCCAGACUGUGGCGUUCUGCAGGAGGCCUACCUGUUGUUCCAUUGUUUCCUGUCCUGGCCUGAGCCUUGCUGCUCUGCCAGUAAACACCUCCUAAAUAUCAUCCAGCAGGAGCUCAGAGCACCAGGUAUUUCAUUUCAAAGACUGCUGAGGACAGAGCAGGGGUUUUCCCCUGAGCUUCAAAGCUCUAAAACCAUGACGGUACUGUUAGUGAGCCCAGAUGAAGAUGUUCCUCCAGAGGUACAGUCUGUCUCUGAGCAGCUUAGUAGCACUGUGUCAUCCAUCAGAGAUGUUACUAUCACCCUCAUCCAGCACAGCUUUCAGGCUGUUCUGGGCACCAAACACAAUCUGCAGGCACUCCACGCUGCCCUACAGGCAAAGCAGCCUGAGGAGUUGGAGCAGCUCCUGGAGGCAGUGACUGAGAGCAUGGAGAUAGCAGCCUCCACAGCAGAUCUCAGCACAGCAAGACGGGGUCUACUAAACAGCAUGGAGAGUCUCAGAGAAAGCCUUGCUGUUCCUGUUCCUGCUGAAGGCUGUUCAGACACUGGGACUGUUGAGACUUUCAUGCUGCCCUUCCCCAAAUGUCACACAUGUUCUUGGGAGAACGACAACUUUGAUAUUCUGAAUUACAUUCUCACAAGUAAGUCGGACCUAGAUUCACCUGCAGACUGUUUCUUAAAAACAGAAAUAGACGAGGAUGAUAAUAAUGACACCAGUGUGGAUGAGGAAAAUGAGUUGGAGGGAAACAAAGAGGACAAUGAGUUCCAAAACCACCGCAUCUCCACCGCAUCUUCUUCCUCCAGCCACUCUCUCUGCUCCAGUUGGUCUGUGCCGUCCUGCUCAUCAGGUGUGGAAAGUGACUUCAGUGAGGACACAGGGCAUGAGGACACAGAAGAGGGACAAGACAGCCAACCAAAGCCUAGGAAGAAACCCAAAAAGAAAUCCAGAUCCCUGUUAGGCGUAGAGCGCAUCUCAAUGUUUUUCAAGAAUCCCCGCAGCCCUAACGUUUGCCGCCGUGUCCGGAGCAUGGGCUAUCAAACUGAUUUCACCAAAGAUUUUCAAAGAACUGGGUCACUGCUUAAACGCUCAAGGUUCCUGUCCAGACAGGGCCACCCUCUACAGGCAUCCACUAAUACCUUAGAUCCUCUUUCCCCCCAGAAGCAUGUGUGUGUCCGCAGGAGGCCAAUCCUGAGCUGUGAUGAGGGCGAUGUGGAAGAGGUGCCUAUGCUGAUCAAAGUGGUGGUAUUUGGAGGCGACAAAGAGGCCGGCAGGCUAGCCAGGGCAUACAGCGACCUGCAGCAGAAAGAGAGUAAAUGUCCCCAACUCACCAAGAUGUGCAAACUGCAGUUUUACUUUGUACCCACCAAAAGGAGAACUAUUGGAAGCCCAGUAGGAGGACACACACCAACUGAAGGUCAAACAGGAAGUUCAACCAAAGCCGCUGUGUCUGUGGAGUCUAAUGACCUUGUACUAGAGGACAGUACUACACAUAUAGCCCAGAUGUUGGGCACGAUGGAUCCCUGGUAUGAGCGGAACGUCCUCAGUCUGCUCAGCCUGUCCUCUGAUGUCCUUUGUCAGACUGCAUGUAAGGAAGGUGUUGUCUCAGAGGGCAGUGGCAGUGUGGAGCGUCUUCCCCUGCUGGCCGACCUGGUGCUUUAUUACUGCAGACAUGCGGACCAGCCUGUUCUGCUGCAGCUCUACCAGGCUGAGCUGACCCUGGCUGGAGGAGAGAGGAGAAGGGAAGUGUUUAUUCAUUCUCUGGAGCUUGGGCAUUCAGCUGGAACCAGAGCUGUUAAAGCCAUGGGUGCCGCCAGCAAAAGAUUUGGAAUUGAUGAAGAACGACAAGCUGUCCCUUUAACAUUAAGUGUUGCCUACAACAAGGUGGCUGUUAGUGGGAGGAGUCAGUGGACCCAGACAGAGAUAGUCUGCACAUCAAUUAAUCUUUACAAAGCCUGCAAGAAGCCUGAGCAGCUAUGUAACGAUUCAGGAAUAGAAAGUCUUCAGCUGACCAUGACUGAAGUCCUGAAGAGGCAGUGCUCCAAGGCUAAAAAGUGCUAUAACCAGCAAAUCUCCAUAUCAGAAGUUAAGGUGGACAAGGUGCAGGUGAAUGGUGGAGAUGACGGGACAACUUUUGCUGUGUGUCUGGAUCAGGAUGAGAAGAAGUUCAUCCAAAGUGUGACUAGGUGUGAGGUGUCUCUGUGCUGUAAACCAGGAAGCAGUUCAGAUUGGAGGUCCUACAAGCCCUUACCAGGCCAAGUCCGGCCUCUCCACCCAUCCUACUGCUCCCUGCUCUGUCUUCCAAUCACCUCGUUCUCUGCCUCAAAUUCCUGACACACUUUAUCCUGAACUGAACGAAAUAAGGGAAAUUGUAUAUUAAUUACACAGGGGUGUUUAAACCAAAUCAACACAAGAUGCAGAAUAUAGCUACUAAAUAGAUACUGAAAAUGAAAGCAGAGAAAAUGCUGAACAGUACUAAUAAUAAGGUUGACAUUUAAUACCCCAUAUACUGUAUAUUUCAGGUUUGUUCUGUAGCUGAAAAAGUGUUACACUGUUAUUAGAAGGAGGAGGGUGGGCUUGUUUAGAGGAUUGUUUUCCAGCUUUCCACUGUUCCUUAUCACAGAAGAAGGUUAGUGUACAUUAAUUCAUGUUGGUUUUCUUGUAUGGAGAAUAUCACAGGGUCUCAAGGUCUCUGCAAGGCUUUGAGAGAGAUCACUGGUCAGAUAUGUCAAUUAUCUGCUGUCUGGAGCAUAAAACUGAUUACUUGAUUACUAUUGUGUACGUUCUGUUGAUCCAUGACAGAGUAAAACACUUUUUUUUUAAAGAAAUGUGUAAUAAAAUAAGCUA